GCAUUAUAAGAUUCCAGUAACUAAGCACAUGUACAGCGUGCUUUCAGGCUGCUCACAUUGUUCAGUUACUCAGAAGACGUUUGCAUCUUUCUACAAUUACAGUGCUGACUGCAGUGCUGCGCUGGCAGUCGUCGAAGAGAGAGAGAGACUAGGUCCAGAUUACUUAAUACUGUAACUACAGUAGAAAAGAUGAGCGACGACGGCUACUCAGCAUCGCAGUUGAGGUAUUGUCUUUUUGCAUGCCUGCUACAAACUUGCUAUCGAUUAUUCGAACUCCAGGACGACGAAUUGGCUGUUGUCCACUAUAUCUAUAAUAAACUCGGGAAUUUACAUUAUGGUCAAACAAAAGAUGAAAACAGUAUCAAGUACAAGUCUAUUUAACCAUUGAUAAUUUGAAGCUCUAUUAUUUUUUUGAAGCUCUAUUAUCAAUCUCCCACAGGUCACGUUACGGGCCGGGUGGUAGCGAAGGAGAUGCGAGCUUAUCAGCAUCGCAGUUGCGCUCAAGACAUGGAAUCAACAAUCGUAGGAUUUUCUGUUUCACCCACUCCUGUUUACUCUUUCAUCCCUCAUACCAUAAUACCAGCACAAUUUGAAAAAAUGCGCGACCACAUGAUCUGAUGCAAAUGCUUAUGCUCAUAUCCUACCGUGUUUCUCUUUCUACCAUCCUGAUCUUCUUAAUAAGGUAGUUUUGUACUUUUCUUCAUCCAGGAAAUUCAUCAGGUGAAUUUAAAGAUAAGGGAGGGAUGAACCCGGCAAUCAUCAUUGUGAUUCUGAUGGCGAUUGCUGGAGCAAUAGCGUAUUAUCUUUUGGUCAUGCAGAAAGCAGGGAAAUAGCACGCUUCAGGCGCUCCAGAGGAGGCAUUCCUUAUGAUCGUAGGCGUGCAGGAUGAAACGGUCUGGGCUUUGCUGGAGCAACAAUGAUGCGGAUAUUUCCUGAUGGAGCGCACCAGAUCAAGUUCUUGAAGAUGAUUUCUUUUGGGACACUUUUGGUGGCAUCUUUUCACAGUCGAUGACUGCUUACAACUACAAUAACUACUCUCACGUCGCCGGUCAUAGCACAAUCGCAAAAGCGUGUUGAUAUGACUCCCCCAUUGAUUGGACAGCCCCAUUUGGACCUACCCUCAACUAUCCAACCUCCCAAACACGAAAAAUAUCCGGAAUCCUUCCUCAACAAAUACGAGGUUACAUGAUUACUUUCCCCGCAACACCCUGAUUUCUUACGAAAGCCUUUCAACGCUGAUUUCGUGAGCACGACAGAUGAAACGCACAGGCACACAGUUAGUACUUGUCGUGUACUACUUUCAACACUGGCACUAACAGAUACAGAAGUUCCAUCUUCGCUUGAAGAUACAGCCGCGCUAUCGAUGUGGUAUUUAUGAC